CCUUUAAAGUGACAUGUCCAGGUCCUGUCCGAUCGGGUCCUGGAGGUCUUUUUUAGUGAGAUGGAAUUUCCAAAAACGGGUGCCCACUGCUCUCAUGAAGGGUGCAAUCUACUCGAUUUUUUGCCCUUCCCGUGCGGAAUCUGUAACAUGGUGUUCUGUAAAGAUCACUCCAUGCCAGAGAAGCAUAGGUGCUUGCCUCAGCUAGAGGACCUCGCCAUAGAUAAGGAGGUGUUGGAGAAGAUUCCGAUGUAUCCGUGCAAUAGUAGCGGCUGUCGGAUAAGAGACCCGAUUGAGAUGCCAUGUGUCGUAUGUCGCCUUCACUUCUGCCUUUCGCACAGGCACCACGGCUGCCUUGAUAAGACACCUUCCCAGGAAAAGCGCGACAAGUACAGGGCACCGAGGGAGCAGUUCAGACUUGCCAAGGCAGAAACCGAUAGAAAAGUUCAAGAGAGGCUGAAAACGGCAAAGAACAGAGCUCUGGCAAACAAAAUCAAACUGAUGAAGAUUAAAUCAACGGCAGUUGGUGACAACCACGUCCCGACCAUGGACAGAGUCUACUUUUCAGUUGCUCCACCCAUCCUCACUAACACAAUAAGUCAACACCGCAAUUUCUUCGUCUCAAAGCACUGGACCCUAGGAAAAUCGAUAGAAAUGUUUGCAAAAAAGUUCAGGGUCAGAGACGGUUACGACAAUCUCGAAGAGCCCAAGCUGCGCAUCUUCGACUUGGAAGGGAUGCCAGUGCCGGGCUUGACAGGAGAUACAAUAAGCGAGCUCAUACAAAUCGGUGUUAUUAUGGAUGGGGAUUCCCUUAUACUGGAAUAUGUGCCAGCGAUCGAAAAAGACAACGAUUUGUACGACAGGCUGACCGAUAAAACACUUUUAGACAGGUAUAAAUUUGCAUAACACUGAUAUGAUUUGUUAAUUUUGUAUUGACUGAUGUGAUAACUAUGAAGAUCUUUAUGUAACGGAUGGCUCACCAAUCACAUUUUUUCCUGAUUAUAUGCAAAUAUUUUUAUAUUUAAACUUUUUAAACACAAAAUAAUAAAAUUUAAGUGCAAUAAAAUG